AUGGCAAAAAUUAUAUUGUUCUCUCGUAUUUCUCACGUAUUAUUAUAUCUUUCGCUUUUAUUUCUCUCAUGUUAUAUUAUCUUUUAUUUAUCUCUUAAUUGUAUCGUUUUCUCUUAUUUCUCUCAUUAUUAUAUUCUUCUCUUUUAUUUCACAUAUGAUUAUAUUCUCUCUUAUUUCUUUAAUGUUAUUAUAUUGUCCUUUCCAAUUUCUCUCCUUAUUAUAUUGCUCUAUAUUAUUUUUCUCCAUCUAAUAUUGUUCUGUUUUAUUUCUAUCCUUAUUAUACUAUUCUCUCUUAUUUCUCUCGUUAUUAUAUUGUUCUCUUUUAUUUCUAUCCUUAUUAUACUGUUCUCUCUUAUUUCUCUCGUUAUUAUAUUGUUCUCUUUUAUUUCUAUCCUUAUUAUACUGUUCUCUCUUAUUUCUCUCGUUAUUAUAUUGUUCUCUUUUAUUUCUAUCCUUAUUAUACUGUCUCUCUUAUUUCUCUCGUUAUUAUAUUGUUCUCUUUUAUUUCUAUCCUUAUUAUACUGUUCUCUCUUAUUUCUCUCGUUAUUAUAUUGUUCUCUUUUAUUUCUAUCCUUAUUAUACUGUUCUCUCUUAUUUCUCUCGUUAUUAUAUUGUUCUCUUUUAUUUCUAUCCUUAUUAUACUGUUCUCUCUUAUUUCUCUCGUUAUUAUAUUUCUAUCUUAUUAUACUGUUAUUUCUCUCGUUAUUAUAUUGUUCUCUUUUAUUUCUAUCCUUAUUAUACUGUUCUCUCUUAUUUCUCUCGUUAUUAUAUUGUUCUGUUUUAUUUCACAUCUGA